AUGCCACUUUCCGAGGAUGCUGAGGUAGAGCUCGAGGCACUCGAUGGAAUUUUCCCAGAGGCUGUGGAGCGCCUGGCUCCGCAGCACUUACGUCUUCGUUUAUCUCCUGAACCUGACAACGAAGGUUGCCGGUUUGCGGAGGCUGUCUUGGAGUUCGCGCUCCCCGAUGAGUACCCUGAUACGGCUCAACCUGUGGUAACCGCGAGGUUGCCCGAAGGAGCCGCUGUUGGUGCAAGCGAGGAGGACUUAGUGUCAGUUGUGGAGGCUGCACUGGCAGACACCGUCGGCAACGUUGCUCUGUUCACCGUUGCGGAGGCGGUGCGUGAUUGGCUGCGGGAGCAUUGUCGCCUUCCGCCCGAAGCGACAGAGCCAGAAGCCGCGAAGCAGCAGGAUUGCGAGGAGGUGGACGACGUAGAAGUGGACUCCUCCGACCUUGACGAAGAGCUCAUCGAAGCCUUGCAAGAAGUCUUGGCAGGCGACAAAGACCGGCUCCGGGAGCUGCGCCGCAUAAAGAACUUAGACACGGCGCAGCAGCACCAAGCUCUUCGACAAGUGCUCAAGACAUUGAGUGCAGAGGAGCGAGAGGCUUUGGUGGGAUCUGACUCCGAAAGUGAUUCAGCAAAGGAGGAACCUGCUCGGAUGGUGCAGCUUGCCCCAGCCCAAAUAGAAUGCCCCGCUGGCCAUGAGCUGGGUGCAUUCUCCUCCCGCCCUCCGGACUACAGAAAGUUUGACGGAGACUUGUACACCUGCGACGUUUGUGGCCGGGACGGAGAGUAUCGUUACGGCGUCUAUCACUGUGCGAAAUGCUUUCAGCAAGGCGGACGCCAGUUCGAUGCCUGCCCCUCUUGUGGAAUCUCUGCUCGCGGAAGCAAAGGUGGCAGAGGUGGCAAAGCCGACAAGGCUUCAAAGAGCAAGCAGAGGAAGCGCUGA